AUGUUCUGUCACUCUCGCAGAGCAUUGCUCUGCCCUAACCUCACAUUCAAAACCCAAAAACCCUCUUCAAUCCUUCUUCUUCUCCAACAUUUUUCCUCUUCCAAUCAACAACAAUCUUUCACAGUCAACUACCUCGUUCAAAACCUCGGUUUCUCCCAUGAAACAGCUUCAAAACUUUCCAACCAAGUUCAUUUCAAAGACUCACAAAAACUAGACACAAUCCUAGCAUUUUUCAAAUCCUAUGGCUUCUCAAAUAAUCACUUAUUUCGUAUCAUCAAAACUCGCCCAGAUGUUCUCUCUUACGAUCUUAACAAAACCAUUCUCCCAAAAUUCAAUUUUCUUCUCUCAAAGGGUGCUUCAAAAUCUGAUCUUGUUCACAUCAUAACCAAAACCCCUGUUAUCUUGUGUCAAAGCUUGGAAAAUACUAUAACCCCAUCUUAUGAUUUUGUCAAAAGAUUCUUACUUUCUGAUCAAUCAACUAUUGCAUUUCUCAAACAUUGUGAUCGCAUGAUUUUUUCUAAAAACCCAUUACAGAAUAUUCAACUUUUGAUUCAAAAUGGGGUUCCUGAGUCAAAGAUGGUUAUUUUGCUACGAAAUUGGUAUCCUAUACUUGCUGAAAAUCCUCUUUUUUUGAAUAGGGCUGUGGUGGAAGUAAAGGAAUUGGGAUUUAACCCUAAAUCGACGGUUUUCAUUGUCGCCUUGCGUGCUAAGGUUAAUAAUAAGUCACUUUGGGGAAGGAAGAUUGAUGUGUUUAAGAAAUGGGGUUGGUCUGAAGAGAAUGUUGUUUCAGCAUUUGUGAAACAUCCUUGGUGUAUGUUGUCAUCUGUGGAGAAAAUUGAGGCAGUGAUGAAGUUUUUUGUCAAUGAAAUGGGUUGGGAUUCUCUUGUGCUUGCUAAGUAUCCAGUACUUUUUUUGCAUAGUUUGGAGAAAAGGGUUAUUCCUAGAGCUUUUGUUUUGCAAUUUCUUGAGUCGAAAGGUUUGAUUAAGGAUGCUAAAUUGGUUACACCUUACAAACUUUCUGAGAGUUUGUUUGUGAAGAGAUAUGUGACUUGCUAUAAGGAUGAAGCUUCUCAGUUGUUGAAGUUGUAUGAAGAUAAGAAAGAUGUUUCAAAUAAUGUUUUGAAAGAAGGGUUCCAGGAAUUACUUGUUGCAUUUGACAUAUCUGCUGCUUUAUCAGUUUAUCCUGAGUUAUUUUGUGAAGAGGCUGUUAUGAAUAAGGGGGACAAAGAAGUUACUAUAGUAACAAAUUCACAUGACGAGGAGGGACAGGUGGCAAUAUUCCCUAUAGUGAGGAGCCAAGACGUGGAAUGA